AUGGAAUCUUUAGCAGGGUCUGGGAUGCCUUCACUCAAGUACUGCAGUGUGACUACAGCCCAGAAGAGUCCCUGCUGUGUCAAUGCCUCUGUUCCCUGGAACACUCUCUCCACCUGUCCUCUCGUGCUCCAGGUUCCCUGUUUUAUCAGACAACCCUCCAUCGCAAGGUGUGCCUUGGGUCGGCCAGAUCUGCCCAGGACUGACCUACAAGGGAAGGGGCCGGGCCCACUGCAGGGACCAGAGGAUGGUGACACGUCAGUCCUUGCCAGAAGGGAAUCAGAUGGCUUUUACUACAGGGCUCAGAUAAAACAAACACCAGCGCGGGGGAGGCAGGGCAAACUCCUUGUGGAGUUUGAGGCCCCUCAUUCCACAGGACCAAAGCCCCCAGGCCCACUACAGAGCACAGCUCCAGAGGAAGUCAUCCAGCACUCCUGGGCCCUAGAGCACUCCCUACUGCCUGGAGACAAGGUUCUGGCACCCUGGGAACCAAAGCAGGAGAGAUAUGGGCCAGGCACUGUAGUGCAAGGCCUGGAGACCAGAGACCCUCAGAGAGCUUCAGAAGAUGAAGAAAUCACUGUCUGCUUUUGGAAUGGCAAGACGGUCAAAGUGCCCUUGGGAGUAGCCAUAUGGAUCCCCCCAGCCUGUUGGAAGAAGGCUGUGGAGAGGUUGCACAAGUCAUUAAACAGCAGUUGGCUGAAGUCUGCAGAGCAUCUUUGUACCAUCCCCUGGACUCCCCCCUGCCCUCUCCUGGGAUCUACCCUUGGGUAUACCAUGGAGGGGCUUUUUCUGGGCUCUUUCUUAUGCCCUCCCCAACAUCUUUACCCCCAGUCCCACAACCACUGUCCCUUGCUGCCUGGUGACUACCUCUGCUGUUCCUCAGCCUGCUGUACCUGGUGGCCUCUGACCAGGACAUUAGAGGCCACAACCGGGGACUACCCGGAGCCAGACCUAAAACCCCCAGCACAACUUCUGGAGCUGGACAAUCCCAGAGACAAAAAAGAGGCAGCUCAUGCUUCUGUGGAUGUUACUUCCUCCUCCUCCUCCUCCUCCUCCUCCUCCUCCUCCUCCUUCUCCUCUUCUUCCUAUUCCUUCUCUUCUGAAGAGGAAAAUUUGGGGAGUGAUCUAAAGAAAGUUCUUCCUCAAAGAAUUAUGGUGGACAGCACUGUCAACACUGACACCAGCCUUUUUGAGAAGCCCCUGAAACAGAAGGUCCUCAGCCCGCCUCGCUGGAAAUACUGGAAGAGAAAUGGCCUAGAACCCAGUCAUAGAAAGUCAGGUAAAGAGCUGCCGAGGAAACUUAUAGACACUUGAGACUCAAGAGUUGCUCUGCCCAGGUCCUUUCCACUGUCUGGAAUACCCCCUUCGGUACCAU